CUGAGAUCUUUAAUACGUGGUGUAAUAUUCUUAAGCGUGUCCAAAUAGUGCCCUUUGGCUGCUCAGAUUCCCAGCUGCUGGAGAAAUGAGGCUGCGAACAUAUGCUGUUGCUCAAGGGGUGCGGCCAGAGCAAAUAAUUUUCACAGAUGUUGCAAUGAAACAUGAACAUAUCAGGCGCAGUGCUUUAGCUGAUCUCUGUCUCGACACCCCUUUAUGCAAUGCACAUACUACUGGCACGGACGUGUUAUGGGCUGGUUUACCUAUGGUGAUGCUGCCUCAUGAGAAAAUGGCUACACGGGUUGCUGGUUCACUUUGUCUAGCAACUGGUUUGGGGGAGGAGAUGAUUGUGAACUGUAUGAAUGAAUACGAAGAAAGGGUCGUCACAUUGGCAUUAAAUAGACAGAAGCUUCAGACUCUUACCAAUAAACUCAAGGCAGCUCGUUUAACUUGCCCUCUUUUCGACACAGCACGCUAGGUGAGGAAUCUGGAAAGUUCUUACUUCAAAAUGUGGAAUCUGUAUUGCUCGGGGCAGCAGCCCCAACACUUCAAAGUCACUGAAAAUGACUUUGAUUUCCCUUAUGAUAAAUAAGAACAAACGGGGAUUGUAGAUAAAGAAUGAAGAGGAUAUAUUUAUAUAGAACAA